AUGAAUGACGAUGAGAUGCAAUCACUACGGCUCUCCUCCCUCGCCCUCAGCGCCACCACCCAGCUGGACUCCGACGCCGGCGGCGCGCGCGGGGAGGUGCUGUGGCUUGACUUGGAUGCGGUCGAGUCGCGGUACCUGCUGGCAGCGGCAGGGGACGGCGCAAUCGAGAUCUACGACGUGCAGGCCGCCAACGCAGGCAGCGGCCACGAGCGCCGCUGCCUGUUGCCAGUCGGCUCCGUGCGCCAGCGCACGCACCCGGCGUCUGCGCAUCGCUUCGCGGCGACAUGCGUGGCCUGGUAUCCCGUGGACAGCGGAAUGUUUGUUUCGGGGUCGGCCGACAAGACGCUCCGCCUCUGGGACACAAACACGUGA